GAGGAAUCGCUCGCUGCGUGUCCUUGAGCGUGGGUUCCUUAAAGAACUACAAUUCCCAUCAACCACUUUGACGCCAAGAGCCGCUCAACAAACAGGGAUGCAGCGAGACAAAACUGGAACCUCCGGCGGUGCUGAAAAGCCCGACCGAGAGGCCGCAAUCAUGUCCAAAUACUACGACGGAGUCGAGUUCCCUUUCUGCGACGAGUUUUCGAAGUAUGAAAAGCUUGCGAAGAUUGGCCAGGGCACCUUUGGGGAGGUGUUCAAGGCCAAGCACAGACAGACGGGGAAGAAGGUAGCCUUGAAGAAAGUUCUCAUGGAAAAUGAGAAGGAAGGGUUCCCCAUCACCGCCCUGAGAGAAAUCAAGAUUCUGCAGCUCCUGAAGCACGAGAACGUUGUGAACCUUAUCGAAAUCUGCCGGACUAAAGCCACCCAGUUUAACCGCUACAAGGGCAGCAUCUAUCUGGUGUUUGACUUCUGCGAGCAUGACCUGGCGGGGCUGCUUAGCAACGCCAACGUGAAGUUCACCCUGGCCGAGAUCAAGAAGGUCAUGCAGAUGCUUCUGAACGGACUCUACUACAUCCACCGGAACAAGAUUCUGCACCGUGACAUGAAGGCGGCUAACGUUCUCAUCACGAGGGACGGCGUGCUGAAGCUGGCCGACUUCGGCCUGGCGAGGGCGUUCAGCCUGGCCAAGAACAGCCAGGGAAACCGCUACACCAACCGGGUGGUCACGCUCUGGUAUCGCCCCCCGGAGCUGCUCUUAGGCGAGCGGGAUUAUGGCCCCCCCAUAGACCUGUGGGGGGCGGGAUGCAUCAUGGCGGAGAUGUGGACCCGGAGCCCCAUCAUGCAGGGCAACACCGAGCAGCAUCAGCUGACCCUCAUCAGCCAACUGUGCGGCUCCAUCACUGCUGAGGUGUGGCCCAGCGUUGACAAGAAGUAUGAGCUGUACCAGAAGAUGGAGCUCCCGAAGGGGCAGAAGCGCAAGGUGAAGGAGCGUCUGAAGGCCUACGUGAAAGACCCCUACGCCCUGGACCUGAUCGACAAGCUGCUGGUCCUGGACCCCGCGCAGCGCACAGACAGCGACGACGCCCUCAACCACGACUUCUUCUGGUCCGACCCCAUGCCCUCCGACCUCAAGAACAUGCUCUCCACCCACAACACCUCCAUGUUCGAGUACCUGGCCCCGCCCCGACGCCGGGGCCACAUGCCCCAGCAGCCGGCCAAUCAAAAUAGGAACCCUGCCACCACCAGCCAGACAGAGUUCGACCGGGUCUUCUGAUUGGCGGGCCGCGGGAGAUCGGUGGACUCGGAUUGGACGAAAGUUGCGGGCGCUCUGGUGGCAUAGGAUCGCUUGCACCCACCUGCCCUUUCAACUGGAAAUGUCUUACACAGGUGGAGAAUGGCAGCAGACUGAUUUUUUUUGUAUUCCCCUAACUUUGUUGCCUCUUGCCCGUCAUGGGGGUGGGAGUAGGGUGGCUCGUUGACUAUGUACCUGUGAGGGUCACUCGUGCCCGUGACUGCCUGUCGCAGAGGUCUGACUCCAGGCCCGUGAGCCUGACGGGACAGCUUCCGAACCUGAGAGAAACUGAGGCAGCCCUGCGUGCACCGUGACGGCCACACCGCCCGUUGCCCUCUGCCCCCAGCGUAUCGUGGCUCAUUCCGGCAGGUUGUAUUGAUGAACGCAGGGCUUUCAGGGACCAGCCAAGUAACCCUGUGCUCUGCCUGUUCGUUGGAUUUCGUGGUUCCUUUUUUCAUUUUAAUUUUUUUCUAAAUUAAUCUUUUAUUUUUCUAAAUCAUGUGGACGCGCCUCGGUGCAGUUAUUCGUGUAUUUGUGUCUGGGUACGGUACACUAAUAAACCAUAUAGAAUUACAGAAAAGC